UCGUUGUGGAUAGAGCGCUGGUCUCCGUUCGCGUUCGUGUUCGGUUUUGUGUGGAGUUUGUUUUUUUACGGUGUCUUCCUAGGGGGUCGGAAUUGAAAAAAAAAAACAUUUUUUGACUGGACUGGACAGGAUCAUUUUCCCGGUAGAGAAGUGCGCACGCAAGGCUUCAGACAAUGCCAAUGCGUUCGUUUAAUGAUGAACAGUGCAAUUCCGACGACAUGCAUGGAUCGGUACAUCAAUCGAUAUAUAGUGCCUCCGCAUCAGAUUCAGCAUCACCAUCAGCAACUGCUUAGCCAGCAACAGCAAUCCGGUCAAAGUGGAUUCUAUGCGCAUCAACUUUUGCAACAGCAGCCUCAGCAGCAGCAGCAACAACAACAGCCGCAAGUGGUCCAGCAGCCGCAGCAUCAACAGCCGUUGCACAAUUUUAUGGUGGGAUGCUACAACAAUGCCAACGGAUGGACCGGUGUCCCGCUCAUAUCGACGGCAUCCCGGAGACCGAGAAAGUUUCAAACCGUGAAUCAAAAUAUACCGAUCGGUGCCUAUCAAUCAACGGCUGCGGCGACGUCGAAGGUGGAUUUCGAUGAAAAUGCCAUGUCCCGGUUGGCCCUGCAUGCUCACGGAGCCCCACUGAUCUUGGCUAGCAAUCGCUAUCGAUCCAAUAACAAAACCGGAAACAGUAAACAGAACAAACCCGGUCCCAUCAAUCAUCAUGUAGCUGCUACGCGGGAUGAUUACUACCAAAAAAAUCAGACCAACGGCGGCAGUGUGUUGCAGCAACAGCAUCCGCAAGAAAGUGUCGUCGGAGACGAUUCCGGUCUCAGUUCCGGCAUAACCAAUUCGUCCUCGUGUUCCUCUUCGUCGGACACGUGUUUGCCGCGUAUCAUCAAACCGCGGAAGCGAAGAAAGAAGGAUCGUAAACCGAACGCUACUGCUGCCGUUGCAGGGCAGACCACUGCAGGACCAAACGGAGGACCCUAUGGUUCCAUGGAGCCGAUGGCACCGGUUCUGCCGCAAAACAGCAACGGUCAGCAACAGGUGUUGCUGGACGACAGUACACGGGAUUUCCUGCACGAAAUCGCUUUGAUCGCGAAUGCCGGUGGUACGUUUGAUUUCCCAGGCUUUCCGCUGAUCCGGGAUCAACAACAGUUGCAUAAUCAGCAGCAUCAACAACAGCAACUGCAUCAGCAGCAACAACAACAGCAACAACAACCGGCAACGGUCUUAGGUCAGCAGCAUUUCAGUAGCAGCAACAGUGAUUCCAGCGAUUCCGGUAUCAACAACUUGGCCUGCUCCUGUCGGCUGUGUGAUCCUUUCGGGAAGAUUUGGGCGUUCCCGUUGCGGCGUUCCUGUUCCGAUAACAGUGCCGAAAUCGAACUGAACCGGGUCAAAGAUGUCGGGGUCAUCGGGAGCAAUCGGAGCAAUUCGUUCCGCAGCGAGUGGCGUAGCGCUCCCCAUUGCUUGGAUCAACAACCGCAGCAGCAUCAAGCGCAACAGCAACAGUCGCAGGAGUUCGGGGCCGGUUCGAGCCGGAAGGGCAGCUUCAGCGAUUCCGGCGACUCCGGCUGUGAUCUGCUGAGUGGGUUGACGUUCUGCUCCGAGGAUAUUCUGGGCAGCGUCAAUCGAGAGCUGUUCCUGACUCCGGUCGAUGGCGGCAAGGAAUUUCAAUUUCCGACCAGUAGUGGUGUUGGUGUUGGGUUGGGCAACAACAGUAUUAGCGGCAGCUGUGGAAGUCCCGGAAGUGCCAACUCCGGCGAAGAUAGUGAUAACAGUGCCGAAUUGCUGCUGAUGAGUGAGCUUUCCAAGAAGUUGAACGAAGGCCUGGAUCUCGGUGGCAGCAGUAGCUGCAGUGAUGCGGCCGAAAGUGUUGUUUCGGCUGUUAAUGCUGACGCCAGUGUUCCCCCCAAUUUAUUUGUGAAUUUCGAUGCUAUCUCCCGCAAUAACCUGUUCAGUGUCAAUAACAUCAGCAAAUUGAGCAAUCUUCUGUUCGACGACAGCCUAAUGGCUCCGGGCCUAGUGAUAAAUAAUAGUGGCGGUGGCGUUUGCCAGAAGAAUAGCACCAAUAAUCCCAUCAAUAAUACUAAUGAUAAUGUUGUUGUUCUGGGCAAUAACGGGAACGGUGUGAAUUACAUCCGGAACAAGAGCCACCAAUCGGCGGCGUCCACCGGCACCAGCAGUCUGUUAUUCGGCGCUGAUCAUCAACCGUUCGUGUUGCCGUUCGUGUCCCAACAACAGCAGCAACAACCACAUUCGGAUAUCGUUUGGAGUAACAACAACGCCAAUCGUAAACCACUUCCGGUGGAAAAAUGACCACUGGAACCACCAGAGAGAGGAUGUGCCCUACCCCGGAUUUCGUCGGGUUCACAUCUGUUGUUUUCAUCUCGAAUGUUUGAGCAGACCACCAAAAACCAAGGAUCGAAGAAAAAAUCAGCCGAAUCAGUUGAGAGGAAAACAACAACGCUGCGAUUCCGUUUGAAGUUCAUCUCCGAUCCUGCCCGGCGCCAAAAUCGAGGAAUCGUCUUCGUCGUAGUCGUCAACGAAAUUCGAACAUCAUCACCGGCACCAUCAACAGCAGGAUGAUGCGUGCGUGUGUUGUUGUUACUUGAUUUUUCAUUUUGUUCAUUAAUUUUGUAUGAUAAAAUGUCCGGUUAGCUUCCGUCUCGGGGCAGCCUGGGAAUUGUAAUUAUAAAUGAAGAAUGAUGAAAAACGUUGUAUAGAAUGAGCAGAAAAAAGAAGCAAAAGUAAUAAACGCAGGCGCUCGAUCUUUUCUAGCUUUAGUUGUAAUGUUUUUUUUUUAAUAAUUAUUAACGACGGACCGGCUAGUUUUAUACACACGAUAGCACAGAACCGUUCUAUAAAGGGACCAACAACGAGAUAGGGAAACGCCUCGUACAUUUCGGAGGGAAGAAUCCGGCACUGCGUGAUGAAAUCGCGUCUUAUCAGGUUCCUGCUAAAUGUGGUUUUAAUGUUCUGCCCAUCUCAUCUAUCCUGCCAUAUAAGAGAUAAUCUGUUUCUGUGAUUUUUUUUUAAAUUAAUUUAAAUUAAUAGUUGUUCCCUUCCAUACCCUCAGACAAAAUGGAACCGUUAGGAUGCCAACAGAAGCCAGUUCUGGUCGCGAUUCUUUCCUCCGAACACCUGCCGUCAAAUCAGAGCCCUUCAGUAGUUUAGGCUUUAGAUAUUGGAAACGAAGAUACAAGUAUUGUUUUAAAUACCGAAAAUGGUUUAAGGACGGUCGUCAAGAUCUGUAGCGUUUUCCGUAGAGAUAAACAAACAAACCGACUAGUGAGAAACAAGCUAUCCCAUUUCUUUUUUUUUUCCUUCUCUCAUUCAAUUAUAUUUAUCAAUGACACUACAAACUAUUAAGCUAGGGUAUCAUCAUUGUUUUAAUCAUGCGUCGUUCAUUUUUCUCAAUAUUUUUGCCUUGUUGUAUGUAAUGUUCAAUCUUAUGUUUCCAAGUUUUUUUUCUUUCUAUAUAUACGAGCAUAUAUGUCUUUUUAUAUUCUUCACUUAUAGCUACUACACGAACUGUUCCGAUUACGUUAUCAAAACAAACGAAACCGUUUGUUCUAGAAUAAGAUCCGAUUAGAAAAAAAAAACACUUACCGUAAACAAAAUACGCGCAAAACACUACCAAGAAGCAAACCGUACACCUGUCAUAAAUAAUCAUAUAUAGUUUAUAUAUAGACGUUUAGUUUUUGUUUUUUCCCUCUGUUUCUUGUAUCGUAUUUUGUAUGAAUUAUGCCUUAAUCGGGGUCGAUUCCCUGUUUUAAAAGGCCAACAGAGAUAUUUUAUUCAACAAAUCCCCGGCACCUAUUUAAGCACCAACACUACCACCAAUAUUGUUACGCCCCUCCUGCUACCGAUUUUUUUUUAACUACUUACUCCCUUUUAAGUGGCAUUUGCAAAGCAGAGCAGGGGUGGGUGGGGUGCACCUUUGAAAUAUUACCUACCCAUGUAUCGAACAAACGAAGUUGUAAACUUGUUGCAAAAAGAAAUACACACGGAAAAUCUGAUG